AUGCAACUCUUCUUCGUCUUGUACCUGAUGCUUCUCAGCACUGAGGUUUCCACCCUCGGCGGCCACUACAGCCGAGAGUUGAGGAGGGGAGGCGUGAGGCUCCCCCUUGCUACCAAGGGGUCUCCCAGGAGCAGGGAUUUUGCCUUCAACCUCUACAGGGCCUUGGCUUCAGCUGACCCUGGUCAUAACAUCUUCUUCUCGCCGCUGAGUAUCUCUGUGUCCCUGGCCAUGCUCUCCCUGGGGGCUCGGUCCCACACAAAGAUGCAGAUCCUGAAGGGCCUGGGCCUCAGGCUCCGGGACAGCCCAGAGGAGGCUCUCCACAGAGCCUUCCAGCAGUGUCUGCAGACACUCAAUGGGUCCCAGAAUGACCUCCAGCUGAGCCUUGGCAACGCCCUGUUCACAGACCAGAAGUUGGACGUUCAGGACUCCUUCCUGAACUCCGUGAAGGUGCUGUACCUGGCAGACACUUUCCCCAGCAACUUUGGGGACCCUGCCAAGGCCAAGAAACAGAUCAACGAUUAUGUGGCAAAACAAACGAAGGGCAAGAUUGUAGAUUUGAUUAAAGACCUCGAUAGUGAUUCAGUGAUGGUCCUCGUGAACUACGUUUUCUUUAAAGCUAAAUGGAAGGCAAGUUUCAACCGUAAAAACACCCAGGAGAAGCCCUUCUAUGUGAACUCGGAGACGGUGGUACAAGUACCCAUGAUGAACCACGAGGACCUGUUCUACUACUUUGAAGACCUUCAUCUCUCCUGCAAGGUGGUAGGCAUCCCCUACCAAGGCAAUGCCACCGCUCUGUUCAUCCUCCCCAACGUGGGCUCCAUGGAACAGGUGGAGAAUGGACUGAAUGGGAAAACACUGCAGAAGUGGUUCAAGCUGUUCAGAAGGAGGCAGCUCCAGGUCUACCUUCCCAGAUUCUCCAUCGAGGGCUCCUAUCAGCUGGAGAAGGUCCUCCCCCAGCUGGGGAUCCGUGAGGUCUUCACCUCCAAAGCUGACUUGAGCGGCAUCACCAACCACUCGAGCGUCCAUGUUUCUGAGAUGGUCCACAAGGCCGUGGUGGAGGUGGAUGAGUCGGGAACCAAAGCAGCUUCGGCCACAGGGUCGGUCAUCAUGUUCAGGUCGGCCUAUAGGAGAAAUUCCAAGGUUGUCUUCAACAGACCCUUCCUGAUGCUCAUUAUGGAACAAAGAACCAAGGGAAUCCUCUUCUUGGGCAAAGUAACCCACCCUGAGGUGGGGACUUCUUCUGAAAGACCACAGGCACCCAUGAAGGGGAAUGGGAAGAGCCCCAGGCCCCACCUGUCUGCUGAGUGA